AUGCUACAAAAUCUGGACACAUUACAUCACCGAAAACAUCUCGGUAAAUUUGCAUUAUCGCCUACUACUUCCAAUUCUUUCCGUAUGAUGACGGAAUUUCCAGGCCAUCAUCAAGCUCGAAGACGUCGUCGAGGUGAGAUAGUGAAUCCAGCAAACACUUUGGAUGGUUUGGUCGCCAAACGUGCUGAUGAUGUGGGCGCCAGGGAUAGCCUCUAUAAGCGUUAUCUGACCGAAGCUGAGGCAAUUGAACGUAUCGGAAUAGAUCCGGACGUGUCAACAAGGACUUGUUCCGUUUGUGGUUACCAGGGGAAAUGGGUUUCGGAAAUGAUCAGACAUAAGCGCGUUCAUACUAACGAACGCCCAUUUCGUUGUAAAUACUGCUCCCGGACAAGCAAAUGGAAAGCUGAUCUCGUUAGACAUGUUGCUAAAACGCAUGGAAUACGAGUGGUUUCAAAGUAUAGCCGAAGCAAAACAUUUCAUAAUAGCACUUCAACUUUCAAUAUGACAACCAGUACAAAUGAAUCAAAUGGAAAAAAGCGGAAUUGUGCAGAAAUACUCACAGAUUUGAAAAAUGAUAAAGAUAUUAUGCUAAGAUGCAGAAAGCCUAAAACACUUCGAUUGCCGAUUAUGUAUCGAUGCGUUAUUUGCUUGUUUGAACAGGACUCGCUACUUGUUUUGAUGAGCCAUCUGAAGAAUGCGCAUAAUGCAUUGCCGUACGAAUGCCACUCAUGUGGUAACUCUUUCAUGGAUGCUCACACAACUAUGAAACAUUUCAUUGAAAAGACAACAUGCAAAAGAGAUGAUCUCAAAAUUAAUAUUGCUCCUCCGUACAUUGUAAAAAAUAAUUUUAAUUUAAAGCCAUCAUUUGCACUCCUUGAUGAAGCUGCUAAACAAGCUGCUCAAGAACUAAUUGGUAAAAGUCCGGCAAUUACUUCAUCAAUCAUAGCGCAAAAUUUAUCUUUGCCAGCAGUAUCAGCUUAUAGACACAACCAUAAUCAAACUGAAAAUCAUAUGCGCAUGCAUACCACAGGUCCAUCACUUCUGAGACAAGGUGUAGAUGGAACCACUGCAAAUACCGCUGAGACUCAAAUGAAAGUGAAUGCCGACAGUACCGCUAUGACACAGCAGGUAACAACGACAUCAAAAUUUUUUGAUUUGGAAGCAGUAUUAUCAGUAGUGAAACAACAGGCUGCAUUCGAUCCACUAUUUUCGAUGCGAGCGCUAGCAUUGGCUCCUACAUUGCUAUCAGAAUGGAUAUCGCCUGGUCCCUCGGCUUUUAAGCAAGUAACUUCAAUUCCGGAGGAGAUUAUACCAGUUACAGGUUUCAUUUCCUAUCCAGAAAUUCACGGGAAUCAGCAAAAAAAGACUGUCCAAGAACUCAAUUCUUUAUUCCCUGCUAACAUUAACAAUAUUUCGUGUAAUUCAGUGACGGUGUCUGAUGUUAGCUCAUUAUCACCUAGUUACCAGAUUUCUGAGGGUGUUAUCAAAGCUAUUCAACAUUAUCGCCAACGACGUAAUGCAUUUUUUCCACCAGUUCCCUCAGCAGAAAGCAGAACCCAGAGAACAGACAGCCUUCCAGAGCCGCCAGAAGAUAAAACGAAUCCGAAAAAUGAAUCAGAUGCAGUUCACGAUAUAAAUAUAACGAAAAAGAAUGAGGAUGAUUUUGUUGAUGUUGUGCAACUUGAUGGUUGA